AACUUCACAGAGUCCAAUGGACAAAUCUACACACCGGGCUUCGCCAUCGUGGACUCCCCUCAACCGGGCACGCCAGAGGGAGGAUCAACCAUCGAGGUAGCUCUCGAUGUGAGCGCCGACGGCGUCCUGCCUCUGGACACAGCACCAGACAGUCCCAGCCUGAUCCAUAACAUCACAAUCUUCAUGUUCAGCUACGACACAGGCCGGAACUUUACCGUGUCCAACGGGACCCUCGCGAACGGGACCUACCCGCCCAUCAUGCCGUCUGAGCCCGGCAGCACUGUCAAGCACGUGCAGUGGACAUGGCCCUCGUGUCUCGCUGGCGAUGGCCAGCCCACCUCGACCGACAGUGACCGCGGCAUCUACAACAUCUCUAUCCGGCAAAACUUCCGUCUCAACGGUACCGACCAUUACACUGUCUUUGACCUGCCCAUCUCCGUGACCAACAGCAUCGACAACUCGACGGCGCGCCCGGACUGCGACUCGCUGAACAAUCCACUCAUGACGCCCGACCAGAUCAACGCCUCGGCUGCCAACAGCGUGGGCAUCUUGUUUGCCCCAGGAGACUCGCAGAUUGUGCAGGUCAAGCUCAACAGUGCGGGCAUGGUGACCUGGAAGAGCGGUGCGCAGUGGCUAUGCGCGCUUGCUCUUGUCAUGGCUCUAAUACUGUAG